AUGUCUUGCUCCAUUGCUAUCCUCCGGGGAAGACUCCCGAAUAUAACCGCUGUUGGAUCGCUCUCACAGGCUCUAUCAGUGACUAGACGCGGUCUACUUACCCAGAGCUAUGCGCGUGGACCGUCAGAGCCGCCGCUAUUCGAGUCCACGAUUGGAGAGCAUUUCGCCAGUAUCGUUGAUAAUUAUGGAGACAGGACAGCUGUCAUCUCCAAGCACCAGAAUGAUAGAGCCACCUACCUCGACCUUGACGCUCGGAGCAAUGCACUUGCGCGAGGGUUAGAAUCUGUUGGAGUCCGUAAGGGAGACCGCGUUGGAGUUAUGUUGGGGAAUUCAAUGGAGCAUGCGACUGUGACAUAUGCUCUAUUCAAGCUUGGAGCUAUCUUGGUACCAAUUAACCCAUCUUUCAAUGCGACUCAAGUAGUCGCAGCUCUUAGCCACCUUGGGACAAGCCAUAUGGUCAUCAGCUCCGAAUCAAACCUCCCCCGGAGAGAACCACGCAGCAACGUACCUCUCCUCAAACACCUCGUCCAAGACCUCAAAAAGUCCAAGCUUGAGUCUGCCCUCGUCCCAACACUACAGAACAUAAUCCUCGUGGAGAACUCCACCGGCCGCAUCGACACUUCAGCCUUCAAAAGCCUAACUCCCUACACCUCCAUCACUUCAUCCAACACCGCAGAUGGACAGGCACUACCCCCUCAAAACCUCUCCCCAUCAGAAGUCGUAAACAUCCAAUUCACAUCCGGCACAACCGCAAUGCCUAAAGCAGCGUGUCUCACACACCGCUCCAUCCUCAACAACGGCGCCCAAAUCGGCGACAGAAUGCGCCUAACAGCACACGACACCGUCUGCUGCCCCCCGCCCCUCUUCCAUUGCUUCGGCUCCGUCCUAGGCUACAUGGCCACAGCAACCCACGGCUCUGCCAUCGUCUUCCCAACCGAGGCCUUCAAUGCCCGUGCAACCCUCACAGCCGUCCAGGAAGAGAAAUGCACAGCCCUCUACGGCGUGCCCACAAUGUUCCUCGAGGAACUCGGUCUCCUUGAAUCAGGCGAUAUUUCACACGAAGGGUUUCAACACCUCCGCACCGGAAUCGCAGCGGGGAGCAGCAUCCCCUCCGAACUCAUGAAAAAGUUACACAAGGUGCUCAACCUCACAGAGCUGACCAUCUGCUAUGGAAUGACAGAGACAAGCCCCGUCUCUGCGAUGACGACGACAGAUGACCCCCUCGAUAAACGUAUCAAUACCGUCGGCCGCCUCAUGCCCCAUGUCGAGGCUAAAAUCGUUGAUCCCUCAGACCAUAAUAAUAUACUGCCCAUCAAUACCCGUGGCGAACUCGCUGUAUCUGGAUACCUCCUUAUGAAGGAGUACUGGGGCGAUCCGGUCAAAACUGAUCUGGUUAUGCUCCGUGAUAAAAGUGGGAAAGUCUGGAUGCAUACCGGCGAUGAAGCAUCCCUCUCCCCGGACGGAUACAUCAGCAUAACAGGCCGAAUCAAAGACCUGAUCAUCCGCGGCGGGGAAAACAUCCACCCGCUCGAGAUCGAGAACUGUCUAUUGACGUUCCCAGGCGUCGCGGACGUCUCGAUCGUCGGUGUACCCGAUGAGCGCUACGGGGAGGUUGUAGCCGCGUUUAUUAUCGCCAAAGAACAUCAGGACGAUGAGGCUGCUACGGGAAAUGAGAUUAGAGACUUUGUUAAGGAGAAGUUGAGUUCACAUCUUGUGCCAAAGUACAUAUUCUUCCUCGAGCCGACGGAUGCGUUUCCGAAGACGGCGAGUGGGAAGAUUCAGAAGUUUAAACUUAGGGAGACGGCGGUGAAGCUUUUGGGAGGGCAUCAUUAG